CAGCGGAGCGUUGCUGUGGUGGAGAUCUGCAGGAAUCUUGCCUUAUUAACAAAAGACGUAGUUAUUUUUGAAUCCGCUCUCUCUUUUUUUCCGCCUGUGAAGCUCAGCCUUUGUCUCCCCCUCACUGUAUCAUAUGUGUGUGGAAAGAGACUGCAGUGUGUGAAGAGAGAUCUCUGUCAGAACGAGCAUCCAGAUCACCAUGGAUUCCUCUUCGCCGUCGUCGUCUUCUCAAUGUGUGGUGCACGCUCUGGAUUUACCUUUACGUCUGGAUCUCGCUAGAUCUGUGCCUUUCCCUCACGCUCAGCGUUGUGAGUAUGUUUGCUAGCAUAAAGUUUUAUAAUCAUUAGGUAAUCGUCUAUUUUCGAACAAUGAAGCUUUUAGCCUAAAGUGCCAGGAGGGGAAAAAUCGAUAGCGUUGCUGAAAUAGUUUUGUGGCUUGGCUGGCUCUAAUGAUCGGCCAGGAGUUCUCUCAGCUCGGCCAUGCCUAAGAUGAAAAGGACCACAACAGCACAGAUUGUUUCUUUUUCGUCAGGGUACCACCCUGAAUGCCAGCAUCUAUAUUUAAUGCGCAGUGGAAGGCUUUCUGUUGCUUUUAAGAAAGUGAUGUGAUUGAUACCUGCUCUUGGACGAUCUUGUUGCCCCGGUCCAUUUAGAUUAAGAAUCCCUUGAGAACUGUGGGGCUUUCGACUGCAACACUUGCCAGUUAAUUGAACCCAUUUCCUGCCUCUUCAAGCUCUUAGGUUCUCCCCCAUGCACAGAGACUCCCUUGCUCGUUCAUUGAUCUUCUCUCAGGUCCCUGCUCGUCUGGAGCCGGAGUCAGAGCCCAGAGUAGCGCGCGCUGUUCGUGGGCAGCACGUUCACCGCCUCCCUUCUUACUCCUGCCCACUCCACUUUCCAGCAUGAGACUGCUGCACACUUGAUCUCCCAGCUGGUGAGGACAGGAAGGUUGCAAGUUGGCCAAUGGAUGGAUUUCGGGCUGUCGGUUUUAACUUCGCGUCGUUCCGUGUUCGGGAGAGGAUGCUGUAACUUUAUCCAGGUGCACCCUCCCACCCAGCCGCUCUUCCACUUUGCCAGCUGCCUCGGGGCUUGACAGCUCUGUGCUGGCCCCAAGGGCUGUGAUGAACUACAUCUUCGGAAACAACACGCUGUACCCGCGAGGCGGUCGGGCCAACGCUGGAUCCGGCCAUGCCGCCCCGGGGAACAAACAGAGGCAGUGGCCCAAACGGAGCUCGAGUGAAGAGCUGCCUUCGUCUUCCUCACGCUGGCAGCAGCUGCUGGCCUUCUUCUCGAGACGCGGGGCCUUCAGUGACUGCAUCACAGCAGGUGCAACCCAGCAGGCAGAUGUCAUUCCUCCCUCUGCUCCCAUAAUCCCUGUGAUCCCUAUCUCACCCCUCCCAGCCGAGAUCACUGCCAUUCCUGCAUCCACGUCACAGGCAAGCCCAGCACCAGUUGUGGUAAACACAGAAAGCCUUGAUGCAUCACCCUAUGUGAAUGGAGCAGAAGCUGAUUAUGAAUACGAAGAAAUUACACUUGAAAGGGGAAACUCGGGCUUGGGUUUCAGUAUUGCAGGCGGUACCGAUAACCCCCACAUCGGCGAGGACCCAAGCAUCUUUAUCACCAAGAUCAUCCCAGGAGGAGCUGCUGCACAGGACGGCAGACUCAGAGUUAAUGACUCUAUACUGCGGGUUAAUGAUGUAGACGUGAGAGACACAACUCACAGUAACGCUGUUGAGGCGCUAAAAGAGGCAGGCUGCAUCGUCAGACUGUAUGUCAGGAGAAGAAAAGCCGUUGCAGAAAAAAUUGUGGAUGUAAAGCUGGUAAAAGGUCCUAAAGGUCUAGGUUUCAGUAUAGCUGGAGGAGUUGGAAAUCAACAUAUACCUGGGGACAAUAGUAUUUAUAUCACCAAAAUCAUUGAAGGAGGGGCUGCCCACAAAGAUGGACGGCUACAGAUUGGAGACAAACUUUUGGCUGUAAAUGCUGCUUGCCUUGAAGAGGUGACCCAUGAAGACGCCGUGACUGCCUUGAAAAACACCCCUGAUGUUGUCUAUUUGAAAGUGGCAAAACCCACCAGUGUCUUUAUGAAUGAUAGUUAUGUUCCUCCUGAUGUCACCAGCUCGUAUUCACAGCAAAUGGAAAACCAUAUCAGCACCCAAAGCUAUCUGAGUCAGCCAUUAACCCCCGCCACCCCAUCACGGUACUCUCCUGUCUCAAAAGGCAUGCUGGGAGAUGAUGAGAUCACAAGAAAUCGAGACUCGUCAUCAGACCAGGCAACAUUUUUCCAGUCUUCAACGGUCCAAUUUUGGGAGUCUAGAAAAAUCGUUUUGCACAGGGGUACCACAGGUUUGGGCUUCAACAUUGUAGGAGGAGAAGAUGGAGAGGGGAUCUUCAUCUCCUUCAUCCUGGCAGGAGGGCCUGCAGACCUGUGUGGAGAACUGAGGAAGGGAGACCGCAUUGUCUCUGUUAAUGGGGUGGACCUUCGCAGUGCGACUCACGAACAGGCGGCCGCAGCACUGAAGAAUGCUGGACAGACAGUCACCAUUGUGGCUCAGUACAGACCUGAGGAGUACAGUCGAUUUGAAGCAAAAAUCCAUGAUCUUCGAGAACAGAUGAUGAACAGCAGUAUUAGUUCCGGCUCCGGCUCAUUGCGGACUAGUCAGAAGAGGACCCUGUAUGUCAGAGCCCUGUUCGAUUAUGAUAUAACAAAGGACUCCGGCCUUCCCAGUCAGGGGCUGAACUUCCGCUUUGGCGACAUCCUGCAUGUUCUCAAUGCCUCAGAUGAGGAGUGGUGGCAGGCACGGCAUGUGACUCCAGAUGGCGAGAUGGGCGUCAUUCCCAGUAAAAAGAGGGUGGAGAGAAAAGAAAGGGCCAGAUUAAAGACGGUCAAAUUUAACUCCAAGACUCGAGACAAAGCGUCGCUCAAUGACAAGCGUAGAAAGAACCUCUUUUCGCGAAAAUUCACUUUCUACAAGACCAAGGACCCCAGCGAGCAGGAAACGAGCGAUGCGGAUCAGCAUGUAACUUCUAAUGCCAGCGAUAGUGAGAGUAGUUACCGUGGACAGGAAGACUAUGUUCUUUCUUAUGAGAUGGUCACACAACAGGAAGUAAAUUACUCUCGUCCGGUCAUUAUCCUCGGACCAAUGAAAGACCGAAUUAAUGAUGAUCUGAUCUCCGAGUUUCCCGACAAGUUUGGAUCCUGCGUUCCCCACACGACUAGACCAAAGCGAGACUAUGAGGUUGAUGGCAGAGACUAUCAUUUUGUUAUAUCAAGAGAGCAAAUGGAAAAAGACAUUCAGGAUCAUAAGUUCAUUGAAGCAGGUCAAUAUAACAAUCACCUGUACGGGACGAGCGUGCAGUCAGUACGAGAGGUUGCAGAAAAGGGCAAACACUGCAUACUGGAUGUCUCUGGCAACGCCAUCAAACGACUUCAGUUAGCACAGCUCUACCCUAUUGCUGUGUUUGUGAAACCAAAAUCAGUGGAGAAUAUUUUAGAGAUGAAUAAGAGGUUACUAGAAGAACAAGGCAGGAAGACUUAUGACAGAGCUAUGAAGCUGGAGCAAGAGUUUCUAGAGCACUUCACCGCCAUUGUACAAGGGGACACAUUGGAAGAGAUCUACAACCAGGUUAAACAAAUCAUCGAGGAGCAGUCUGGACCGUACAUUUUGGUACCAGCCAAAGAGAAAUUGUGAGAUGGCUGGAGACAAAAGAAACGUUUCUUUUUUGUAUUAUUUUUCUUUCUGUAUUCUUUUUUAUACUUACCUGGCCUGCUGCUUGCAUUGGCUUUCUGACCCCCAAGCAUAGGAAAUAAGUUUUCUUUGGAUUGGCUUGGGUUCGGGCUCAUGGUGGUUUUUUCAGCCACCUGUUUCUCAUGCCUCUCUGUAAGACUGCUGUCUAGAUCUCGCACCCCAAUCUCUGCAUUCGUCCUCCAGUGGGGCGAGAUUUUUCUGACUUUACUGGACAGAUUGAACGGUACGAUUCCUUAAUGUUUAAGGGAGGUGAUUUACUCGAAGGAAAAACAAUUGCAUCGUAUACAUUUUGGUUUGUAUGUUUUCUUACCUAAUAUGAACAGAGGUUAAUGUUUUUUUUAUGUUUCUUGACACCCUGAAAACACAAGAGGCAACACUUUGCACGUUUCAGCGUUACGAGCAUGUUUCAGACUAUUGUUUUUUUUUUUAUUGACACGUGUUCUUAUGGUUUCGUCAGAUGGAUUUACACUACACGAAUUACACGCACCGUAAUUAUUUUGUUUAUCUUUUUAUCUCGUAAGAUGUCCCAUUCGCUUUACUCAACUGAUUUCACAAGUGCACAAAGAGGACAAAAACAUUUGGCACAAAAUUCUUUUUAUAAUAAAUGUCUAUUUGUACAUUUUAAUAAAGGUGCAUAUGAGAGUAGCUUUUAGUAAAGGUGAAAAGGAACUGCUUACUAUUACCUUUAUGUUUCGAAAACCAGGUGAUGACAUAUUCUUACUUCUGAAAACAGCAAUGCAAAUAAGAGAGUAUAAAUUGUAAUGUAUAUUCAACCCUCGGUAUACUGCCUAUUUUGUUAUAAUAAAAGUCUAUAUUGAGCUUUUUAAUUAAACUACACCAAUGGGAAUUAUUUUCUUUAUUAAUGUUAAACAUACAUGCAUAUGAAUAUGUAUGUAAAUAAAUGGAUAUAUGUAAGUAUAAAUGGAUAUAAAUCUAUAUUUUGUUUUACUUAUACAACCAUUUCUUUAGUUGCUUUUGGUUGGUUUUUAUGCAAAAGACACUUUCACGGGACACUUGAGCUACAUGGUGGUGUUUAUAUUGCAAGCUGAAAACUCAAGUUGGCAGUUUGUAUAGUCUCCAGCCCUCUCUCUUGUGUAGUUAUAUCAUAGAUACUUUUUUCAUGUGACAUGCAUGAUUUCUCCAAGCAAUAGUUGUUACACAUUAAAUAUGAGCGAGAAGCGGGGCAGAGGGCUUCUGUUUUUAACAGAGGUUGUGAAAACUUUUAGAGUUAGCAUGAAUUGUAAACGUUAGAGGCUUGUAGAUUCUUGCCUCCGUGUUUGUGAACUUAUUGAUUGCCCAUAGCUGAAGAGAGAUUUGCUUUGCCACUCUCUAACGCGAGCUUUUAAUUCUCCACCAGAGGGCGCACUGACAGCAUCCCUCGGAAAUGAUUGUUUACUAAAAGAUUGCAUCUCUAACUUGUCACCAUUGCUUUCUAACACAUUUUUGACUGGAUUGUGUAAAUAAUCUGCCAACUUGAUUCAUUCCAUUUGUCAAAGAGGAGAACAGCUAAUAAAAAAAUUUCUCA